CUUUCUGAGAAGGGAGUAGAAAACGGAUGCCCAUCAUCCUCUGGAUGACUCAAGAUGGCGGUCAUCCUACAUCUUCGUCCAUCUCCCCUCUCUCUUUAUUUUCUUUCCUCUACACUUCUCACCAUCAACUACCUCCUCUCGCUCCAUUUCUCUCCUCUGCUCCGAUUCGGUUCCUUGGGCGGCAGGUUCUUCUCAAGACCCCCUCUCGAAAUAAUCGUCGUCGUUAUCGGUGUCGUCUUUUUUAACAGAUUAAGUCGAUAUGCGGCGUCGCCAACCGACACCAAGCUCCUCUUUAUCAGAUAGCGAUAGGUCAGACGUCGAGAGCUGCUUCGAUAUAGAGGAUGAACGGGAGGAGACCGACGUUGAGACCGAGCCGGCAGACAUUGACACCGAUGUCGAUGGAGUCGACGAAGCAAACCUGCCAGAUUGGAAGUGGAUCGCUAGAGAAGAAAACGCUCACCCGCCAGAGUACUACCUCGACCAGGAAGAUAACUCUGAUGAAUCCGAGGAUAAAGAUGAAGACUACAACGAUAGUAGUCUCCUCCUCCUGGAUAUGAUCGAGGACUAAUUCGAUCGGUACUGUAAAUAUAUACGAAAAGAUCCUACCCGGAUAAUACAAACCUCUUUUUCGCCGUACUUUGAAGGCCUUCUUCGAAUGGAUAUUAAAUCAACGUCAGAGAAAAGGUGGGAGGAAGCUUGCCAGCAUCAAGUCGGCAAACACGCUCGGGACAUACUAAAAGGUCUUCCGGCUAGUACACAAAAGAGCGACGAACAAAAAGAUCGAGGGGAAGCUAAACCGUCAAAUGCAUCGAAUAAAUACUACGUCUUUGUCUAAGUGCCCUAUCUAGUCCGAACUAUUGUAGAUAAAACGCUAAUAAAUCGUCCUUGUCG